CUAACACGAAUAGACACCUGGACACGUUAAAGGCAUGGAUUUUAAAGAAGCUAAAUAAUUGUUCCAAUAGAGUAUAAGAUAUGUACAUCAUAAACCGGUUUCGAGGAGCCAGAGGACUUAAAUUUGGAGCAUUCGUGUUAGGACUGAUUGGCGCAUUUUGGUGGACGACAACAGCGAAUAAAAACCUGAUGACAAUACACGUUGAUAAUUACAAUACAGAAACCAAUAAACAUAUUAGAGAUGACUGUGCAUGUAGUAAUAUAACAAGGAAAAUAGCAGCUAACACUUCUGGUUCCCAUCCAACUACCUCUCUCACGAAGUCAACUAAACAAAAUACUGAAAAAACAAUAUCAACUCAUAUAACGGGAUAUGCAAAAUUAAAAAAACUUGUUGAAACUAAUAAAAAUAUAUACAAGCACGACUUACAACGGAAACAGUUUAAUGAGCCAUACGAGCUGAAAUUAAAAAGUGUAUUUUCCAAGACUGAAUACGAUAAGUGUAGUCAAGUAAUAUCCGAGAGUGGAUUACGUCACGAUGUCCAGUAUUUUGUGUUCCAAUACAAUUAUAACCCGUCACCUAUAGAUGUCACCCUAUUGUCGCAUCUUACUCUUGAAAGGGGUAUACAUAGAAUCGAGAAGAUUCUUGCACAGUGGCCUGGACCUGCAAGUCUGUCUGUUUUUGGAACUGAUGACGAGAUUCAAAAUUUCCUAAAUACGACGCACUCUUGGAAAAGAAACAAUAUUGGAAUCCACGUAGUUUAUCAACGAAAUGCAACAUAUUAUCCAGUUAACUUCAUGAGAAAUGUUGCCAUCUAUGGUGCGAAUACUUCCCAUAUUUGGAUGAUUGAUGCCGAUUUCACUCCAAAUAAAGACGCAUACCAACUGAUCAAGAAAUAUAUUUUUCGGUUUGAUUGGACUGGUACAAAAAGGCCGGCAUUGAUAACGCCAGCCUUUGAGACGGCCCUGAAUGAAGGUGGGGUGCCUGACAACAGAACACAACUACUGAAAAAGCUGGAAGAUAAUUCGACAUUGGUGACUUUUAGCUUCACCAGAUGCCCUAAUUGCCACAUAAACACCAAUUGGGAGCAGUUUAUGAUAGCCACUGAGGAGUACAAGGUAAAAGGAGGAGGAAAUUUUGAACCUUAUCUUGUGCUACAAAGAAAUAAUAGUCCAAUUUAUGACGAACGCUUGAUUGCUAGGCAUUGGAAUAAAAUACUAUACGAUUAUGAAUUAUUUGUUUUACACUAUGAGUUCAAUGUGUUACCAGAUGUUUUCAUCGUUCAUGAGCCACACGAACGAAUAAAGCAGCCAAAAGUGGAAUUCAUGUGUUUGGAAAAAAUUGGACGGCUAAUCAAGGACGAACUAAACAAGAAAAGGAUAUUUCUCCAACAAUCUAUAGCAACACAUAGACAGGUUCACAAAGCUCACUAA